ACCCCCGUCCUUCUCUCCCCCAAAAUAAAAUCCCAGCUAUUACGGCUCCAUCGCCCAGCCCAACCACUCCCUCCAGGCCACAGCGCACAGCACAGUCCCACAGGCGCAAGCGCAGCGGCAGCGCCAAGGAAAAUCCCUGCCGUGCUGCUGCUGCACAGCGCGGUACAACUAGAACGCCGCUGCUACAAAGGCGACGCCAAAAUCCAAACCCAACCAAACCAACCAACCAACCAACCAACCGCGCCGCUCCUGUCUCUCGCGCCUCGCGAUCUGCCUCUGCUCCGCGCUCUCGGCUGCGGCGGCUGGCCGGCGUGAUGAGCGGUGGGAGAUGAGGUGCAAGCUCCACCCUUACGCCAACCCCGUGGGCGUGUGCGCGCCCUGCCUCCGCGACCGCCUCCUCGCGCUCGCCGCCGAGCGCGCCCAGGCCGCCGACGCCAGCAGCGACGGGGGCUGCGGGAGCAGCAGCUGCGGCGGCUCGCCCCCGGCGCCCCUGCACGGGCACCUUCCCGCGCGGCGGCACCAGCACGGGCACGGGCACGCCCACGCCGAGGAAAGGGCCGGGGCGGCGUUCCCGCGCUCCGUCUCGCCGUACGUGCAGCACCGGCGCUCCGACGCCUGCGCGUACGCGACCUCCUCUUCCUCGUCCGGGUACCACCAGCACCAGCCGAACCUCCUCUUCUUCCGCACGCCGCAGGUCGGACCGGCCGCGGCCGCCUUUCGCGGCAACGACGAGCCCGGCGGGGAGGAGACCGGCGGCGGCAAGAGGAAGCAGGCCGCGCCGAGGCGGUCCUUCCUGUCAGCGAUCUUCGGCGGCGGCAGGCGGCACGGACGGGAAGCAGAGGCAGGCAGGACGAAGGAGCCUCCCCGGCGGUCCACCUCGUGGCUCUCGGCGAUCAUCCGCCGCGGCAAGCGGAGACCUUCCGACUUACCCGCGGCCGCGUCCUUCCCGGCGCCGCCGCCGGCGCAGCUGGACGAGGAGCCUGAGUCACCCGGAGGCAGCAGCAGCAGCUGGUGGUUCCCCUCGCCUUCGCCGGCCAGACAACAGCAGCAGCACCACCACCGGCGCCGGCACGGCGGCGGCGGCGCUGGCGCGGGCGCCAGCGGGGACGGGAUCUCGGGGUUCGCCGUGUGCCUGAGCCCGCUCGUCCGGCCCAGCUCCUCCGGCGGCCGGCGCCGGUGCCAACCACCGGACCCUUCCACGAUGGGAGGAGACAGCCACCGGCGCCACGCGUCCGCCGGAGGCGCCGCGUCGUUCGGGCGCAACGCCUCCCGGAAGCUCGCUGAUAUGGGUAGGUUCCGAUGAUGCCGCGCUCGCCGGCCGGUCCUCGUCGUCGGCGCCGGCCAAAGCUCCUCUUUUUUGUUUCAUUUUCUUUUCUUUUCUUUUGUUUUCUUUUUGUUAAUCUCGAAGAUGAUAUGAUGAUGUUUGUUAGUAGUAGUACAGUAGUAGCACAGUAGCGCCUAGCUAGUCGCCACGAGAGUGAAAACAAACUUGGGAAGAAAUUCAAUGGUGAUUUGGACGAUCUGCUUUGGUUUGCACUCCUACUAGCCAGCCAAUAGCACAUUAGACGAAGACAGUGGAUUAGCUCCACGCCUCCAAGAGGUGUAAGAAAUGUUGUGUGAGCUUUGAAAUUUUGUUUGGGAGGAAGAUGUCAAACACGGCGACCUGGGGAUAUCAGCUCGGCUGACCUCUGACCCCGGCGACUUCAAUUUUGUCCGCUGCCGAGCUGGUUUAUCGGGCGAUUUGUUUUGUUUUGUUUGCGCGGGCAGCGUUUGCUGGAGGUUGCGUCGCUGGCCUCCCUCUGUUGGACUUGUUGGAUGCUUCCUCUUCCGUCAGCACUGUACUUCUGCUCCGCCUUCAAUGGUAGUACUAGUAACAGUUUCUUCUUCA